UAUAACUACAAUUGCUUUUCAAAAAGCUCGAUUAUUUGCUUUAAAGCUUCAUCAUCAUGUGAAUUUUAAAUUCUCGCAACCUGAAAUUGUCGAAAUGUUUCAGUUUGAUUGGCACGAAUAUUUCUACAAAUUGCAACGUAAAAUAGGAGGAAGAACGUGGAUUUUAAAAAGGCAUGUAGCAGUUUUUCUUGAUGACAAAUUUAUUGGAAGUGAUGUCGAUUUCUAUCGCAUUAUUUCAGACACCUAUUCAAUUAAUUUGCCAACAAAUACAGGGUACUACCAGAACUUGUCAUCACACAAUUACAGACGAUUUUGUGAAAAAAUGAAUAGGACUUUUGUUUAUCUUACAUUCAGCAGUGAUGGAAAUACUAUCGGUUCUCUUUUAUUUAUGUUAUAUUCGGAUUUUCUACCACGAACCUGUGAAUAUUUUAUGAGUUUUUGCAAUGGAAAAAAUUGGAUUGACGGCACAAAUUUGAGUUACAAAAAGCAAAAUGUUCAUCGAAUUGUGAAAAAUGGAUGGAUCCAAUCUGGAGAUAUUAAAAUUAACGACCUUGAAAGUGAAUUUAUAAGCGAAUUAACUAUACCUGAAGAGUCUUUCUGUAUUUCUCACAACAGGAGAGGAGUAAUUUCCUUAUCAAAUGCUGGAAAAAAUUUAAAUGGACCACAAUUUAUUAUUAGUUUGAAACCUAACUCUUGGAUGGAUUAUUAUUAUGUUGCUUUUGGGCAAUUAGUAGAUGGAGUUAAAACAUUAAAAUUAAUAGAAGAAAUUCCCACUGUCCGAGAAAAGCCUUUAAAAAAUAUCAAAAUUCUUGAUUGUGGAGAAUAUUCUUUCAAGGAAGAACCUAGAAUUUCUGAGGAUGAAGACGCAUUUUUGGACUACAAAUCACAAAACGGUGAAAAUGAAACUUCUGAACCUUCCAUUUCUGUUUUUAAUAAAUUUCCAGAUAUUCAACCCUGGCUUUAUAAUAUUUCUGAUAAAUUAGAUUUGAGAGAUGUUCCUUCAAUUUUAAUGGCUGAAAAAUAUCUGAAGGGCCUUUAUUGUCUCUCCUCAGAUUUUCUUCCAGGAAUGGAUAUGAAUCUUCUAAACCGAGACUGUUUGCAAAAAGAAACGUUGGAAUCAGAAACAACUUCUAUCGCAGAUCAGGAUACGAAAGAGCAAAUUCAAAAUAUUUGCAGAAAAAUUAUAAAUUGUACACUAGAAAAUUUUUGCAAGAAGGGAUUUUCAGAAACUAUUAUUGAUCAAAAUCAAAUAGUUCAGUGGAUUUUGGAUAUUGCUCAAGAAAUGAUCAACGGUGUAAUCGAAAAGACAGCGAAUUCAGAUCUUGACGAUAAUUUGAAAACAAGUGGACUCGUAGAAAACGAAAUUACAGAAAAAAUUAUUUCGCUCAUCGAGGAAGUUUUAAAAUCUGCAGCUUCAUUGGUCGUGGAAACUUUAAAUGGAGAAGAAUCCAAAGACGCAUAA